AUGGACCCACUGACUGCGUUCGGGCUGGCCGCCAACGUGGUCUCCUUCGUCUCCUUUGCAUCUGGCCUGAUCAAGACGACUGUCGAGUUACACCGGUCUGGUUCUGACGCCGAAGACGAUGUUCUGUCACUGGAGAAGGUCUACAGAGACCUCGAGACCCAGAGCAGCGAGUUGGAACGCACUGCUCAUGGCAACACUCCUCCGUGGGUCCCGACUCCGGAUGAGUGUGAGGCUGAGAAGACGGUUCUUGCGGUCAAGAGGCUUGCCGAGUUAUGCAAAGGGGAUUGUGAUGAGCUGUUACAGAUCACCGACAAGCUGCGGCUGAGAAGGGGUGACCUUGGAAGCAAAUGGAAGAGCUUCCGUGUCGCUAUAAGGAAGAGUCACUCCAAAUUGCAAGACCAGAGCGUGGAGCUGCAGAUCGACCAGAAUGAAAGGCUCGAAGAAGUCAAGAAAUCGUUGACCCGAUUUGAGCAGAUGCUUGCAGACGCUCGCAAUGACAAAGACGCCAGGCUCAUCCCAUUCCGCAAUUAUGAAUUACUUGACCAGCUUCUCAGGCAAUUUUGGACUGCCAAGGAUCUCCGCAGCAAGUUGCGGGGUAUCAUGGCCCCAACCGACAGCCAGUGGCUGAUCGAAGCGAUUGUCAACCGCUGUGAUGGGGUUUUCCUCUGGGUAUUCUUGGUGACGAAGCUACUGCGCGAGGGAAUGACGAAUCGAGACCGCUUCCCGGAUUUGCGUAGGAGAUUGGAAAGCUUCCCCCGGGAGCUCAGACCCUUCUUCAGGCAAAUACUGGACUCUGUGGAACCCAUUUACCACGCAAAGAGGGCUGCUAUGCUCCGGAUUGCGCUCACAGCAGAGAAGCCACUACACAUGAUCAUGUACGACUUGCACGACCUGGAGCAUGACGACGAGUACUACUAUCGACCAAGGCUUAUUAAGCCUUUUACUUUGGAAGGGCUUUCCCAAGUCAAGACCCGCAUAACAUAUCACCUGGAUAGCAGGACGCGUGGCUUGCUUGAAGUCUCACCUACCUUGGAGGUCACCUUCCUCCACCGAACCGUGAAGGACUAUCUUGCCAGCGAAGGCCUUUCACACUUGCCGGAAAUAGACCUCCCGAGGGGCUCGGGUCGUAAGUUCAGCCCGGAGCUCAGCAUACUGCGUGCAUACGCAGCAUGGGUCAAAUGUGCGGCUCCAGAUAGACUACACCGAUAUAAAUUUGCCGAGUACUCGUACGCGGGUGGCGGGAGCGGGAUUUACGGCAUCACGCCGAGCAUCAUCGAGCUCACGACAGAUCUGAUACCAUAUGCCGCGCAGCUGGACAGGCAGAUGCCCGUCGACCCGCGCCUGGGCGAGGCCCUGGACGACAUAGACAGCAGCAUCGCGACCCUGAUAUCCCGGGCCAGGUCACGCCCGGGCUCCUCCGGCGAGGAGGCCUGGAACGAGGACAGAUUGUUCGAGGAUUAUGGGAUCUGCGCCGGGGGCAAGGGGUCUCAGGAGGACUUCGCAUGGGCCACGAAUGUGUUCUUCCGGGAGCGACUCGCCAAGGCAGGCGUUACCAACUACGUCGCCGCCAAGGAGUUGAAGGAGCCUACCACGGGAAGGUCUCUGGUCGCCCAGAGGAGCUUGGCCGACGACCAGUAUUGGUGGAAUCAACGGGUCUGGUUCGCCUACCUCCAAAGCUUCCGUCUUUUCAGGGGGUUAUGGGAAGUAUAUGCGAUUCUGUUCAGAUAUUUCCUGUUUUUCCUGUUCCCAUUCACACUCCGCCUGGGCUCAUUUCUCAUACAAUGUCUUCCACCAUUCUUGAGUCGAUUAGUUAUCAUUCCUUUUAUGUCCAGAAUAGCCAAGUACGCCUACGCAAACAGUUACUAG